AAAACCUUUUGAAUUAUGCGUGUGUGUACAAAUUUUCGCUUUUUGUUGUCAUAGAUUUGCACUCCGGCGUUCAAUUCAAGUUAUUACCUUACAUGAUGUUUGACAAGUGCGGUUAACAUUGACACUGCGUGAGCUCGUUGACAGCUACAGGCCAGUUUGAUAGCUAGCAUCACCAUAAACAUUGAAAGAAAGAAAAAACAGGUGUAUCACCCCACACCAAUUGAUACCAUCCCGUUGGACUUGAGGCACGUUGAAGGCCAGCCACGUGGCUCUGUUUAGAACAGGUUGCAAAGAACGACGAGGCGUUGUUUACUUUUUUUUCUAUGAAUUUGCUCGAUUCUAAUCGCCUCUCGUUUGCGGCGGUGGUUUUCUACCGGAAUGCACCAGCUGUGUGAAUUGUUGGGUCAGGUGUAAGGUAGCGUAACGAACAGGUCGUGCUAAUUAGCACUGCUAUCGAAAGUGGCUGGAGUUAUUUAAUUCAAACUAUAAAAGCGAAUCAAUCGUUCAUUACUGGAAAAAGAACUGACAUAGCUGAUUUUGAACAGGCGAAUGUCAAAAUGCCGAGAUUUAUCAAUGAAUGGUUAUCAAAUAACAAACUGAUCUUAAUUAUCUUCAUUCUAGAAACAGUGAAAUCAAUGUAAACCAUUUAAGAAAAUUUUCAUGUUAAAAAAACAUCAAUGAGUUUGAGAAUGUCAAAACCCCGAGAUUUAUCAAUGGUUAUCAAAUAACAAACAAACAUGUCGGAUUUGUUAACGCUGCAUUCUAGAACCAAAUCAAUUCAAUUAUUAAAAGAACUGCUAUGAUUUCAAUUUGUCAAAACGCCAAGAUUUAUCAAUCAAGGAUGCCCAUCAAUGUCUCGGUAGACGAUCAUCAACCGAAUGGAACUAGCAACGGGACGGAAACUGUCAACGGCGGCGCCGUCAACAACGGUUUCGUACUGGAAGAUCUCAACGGCAAGAGGACAACGGCUUCGAAUGGCGCAGAACAUCACCACGGACCACACCACGGACACGACCAUCACUACCAUCUGCACCACCACCACAUUCGGGAGAAACCUGGCCAUGACUACACGGAGGACGUCAUCACGACGCACGGAGUCCAGCCCCAUCACAAAACGACCUACGCGGAAACGAUGAUCCACAUGCUCAAGGGCAACAUCGGAACCGGAUGCUUCGCGAUGGGCGAUGCGUUCAAGAACGGUGGACUUGUACUAGCCACGGUACUGACCUUGUUCAUAGGCUUCGUGUGCGUCCACUGUCAGCACGUACUGCUGAACUGUGCCAAAAAGGUGCACAACGAUCAACAGAACAAAGGCCGCCCGCCGGAUUUUGCGGAAACUGUUGGUCUCUGCUUCGAACAAGGUCCACCAAGGUUCCAGCGAUGGGCCAAACCCAUGAAGAUGGCCGUCAACAUCUUCAUCUGCGUGACCCAACUCGGCUUUUGCUGCAUCUACUUUGUCUUCAUCAGUUCGAACUUUAAGCAGAUUUUCGAUCGCUACGACAUGGUUCUGGACGUACACUACCACAUGGCGCUGCUGCUGAUACCGAUCAUCCUUACCUCGAUCAUUACCAAGCUCAAGUUCCUCUCGUACUGCUCGAUGCUGGCCAACGUGUGCAUGUUUCUGGGCGUCGGCAUCACGUUCUACUACGCCUCCAUAGAUCUGCCGCCGCUAACGGAACGUAACUUCGUCGCGGACUGGAACAAGCUACCGCUGUUCUUCGGCACGGCCGUCUUCGCCUUCGAGGGUAUCGCUCUCGUCCUACCGCUUCAAAAUGAAAUGAAGAACCCACAUGAGUUCCGCAAAACUUUCGGCGUACUCAACAUCGGUAUGGUGUUCAUCAUACUGCUGUUUACGGCUUUCGGAUUCAUCGGUUAUCUACAGUGGGGCGAAGAUGUCGCCGGAAGUAUGACGCUCAACCUACCGGAAAACGAAAUUUUGGCCGAAAGCGUCAAGGUCAUGAUUUCCAGCGGCGUCCUGCUCGGUUUCGCGCUGCAGUUCUUCGUGGCCAUCAUCAUCAUGUGGCCCUCGGUCGAGUGCCGGCUAAACAUUACCAAACACAAAACCCUGUCGGAAAUGGGCUUCCGAGUCGUGAUGGUUCUAGUGACAUUCGUCAUUGCGGAAUGCGUACCGAACCUCAGUCUGUUCAUCUCGCUGAUCGGGGCGCUCUGCUCGACGGCCUUGGCGCUGGUGUUUCCGCCCAUCAUCGAGCUGAUCGUGGCGUACACAGACCCGAAGCAGCGGCCCGGCCGAUGGAUGGUGGCGAAGAACGUGGUCAUUCUGGUGCUGGCCCUGAUCGGAUUCUUCACCGGAAGCUACGAAAGCUUGUCCAACAUUGUCAAACAGUGGCUGUAGCAGGUCGUGCAAAGCCGCGACCAGUGAUCCUCGAACACGGGUACUGACGGGCCGAACGAGCUCGGUCAGUUGUUUUGAUUGUUAAGAUUUUAGAAUAUUGUUUUAUCGAAAUAGAGUGGACCAAUUUUACUGUAAA